CGCUAUUCGCGGCUCCUGACGCGGCGGCCCGCGGCGCUGAGCUCAGCGCCCUUCCCGGGCGCCGGGGCACCGCGCCCGAGGGUGUGUCUCCGGGCCGGCUCGCCGCUAUAAGGGGCGGCGGGCGGCCGCGGCCAUGCAGCUCUACAGCAGCGUGUGCACCCACUACCCCGCGGGCACGCCGGGCCCCACGGCCGCCGCGCCACCCGCCGCUGCCGCCGCCGCCUUCAAGGUCUCCCUGCAGCCGGCCGGCCCCGCCGCCGCCGCCGCCGCCGCCCCGGAGCCCGCCGCCGCCGAGCGCCCGCCCGCCGCGCUCGCCGAGCCCCGCGAAGCCGCCGCCGCCAUGCCCGCCUUCUCCGCCUGCUUCGAGCGGUCCGCGCCCGCCGCCCCGCCCGGCGCGCGCAGCAAGCCGCCGCUGCCGCCGCACUUCACGUCCACCGCGCACAUCGCCGUGCGCUCCCUGGGCGCCGAGCGCCUCCUGCUGCCGCCGCCCGCGACCCCCGCGCCGCCGCGCCGGGCGGCCUCCGCCUGGCUGCUGGAGGAGCUGCUGCGGCCCGACGAGCCCGCGGCCGCGAACGCCGCCCGCGACGCGCCCGACAGGAACUUCCGACUGAGCGAGCACCGCCAGGCCCUGGCGGCCGCCCAGCCCCGGGCCCCCGCGGCCGCCCCGCUCGGCGCCGAGCCGGGCCCCGGGCCGUGGAGCGAGGAGCGCCGGGCGGAGCGCAGCCCCCGGGGUUGGGAGCGGGCGGCCGGCCGCAGCGACGCCCCCGGAACCGACGCGCCCCGACGGCGCGACCCCGAGGCUGAGGCUCAGCCGGGCCCCGCCGCCGCUCGCAGCAGCAGCGUCGAGCCGGCCCCGGACGGCGCGGGCGAGGCGGUGGGCGCGCCCCGGGCAGACCCGAGAGACGAGAAGCUCGCCCUGUACCUGGCCGAGGUGGAGAGGCAGGACAAGUACCUGAGGCAGAGGAGCAAGUACCGGUUCCACAUCAUCCCGGACGGCAACUGCCUCUACCGCGCCGUCAGCAAGGCCGUGUACGGCGACCAGAGCCUGCACCGCGAGCUGCGGGAGCAGACGGUGCACUACAUCGCGGACCACCUCGACCACUUCAGCCCCCUCAUUGAGGGCGACGUGGGGGAGUUUAUUAUCGCUGCCGCCCAAGACGGGGCGUGGGCCGGGUACCCCGAAUUGCUGGCCAUGGGGCAGAUGCUGCAUGUGAACAUACAGUUAACUACCGGAGGGAGGCUGGAGAGCCCCACCGUGUCUACCAUGAGCCACUAUCUGGGCCCGGAGGAUUCGUUCAGGCCCAGUAUUUGGCUCAGCUGGCUCAGCAAUGGACACUAUGAUGCUGUUUUUGAUCACUCCUAUCCCAACCCAGAGUAUGACAAUUGGUGCAAGCAAACCCAAAUGCAGAGAAAACGCGAUGAAGAACUCGCCAAAUCCAUGGCCAUAUCCCUGUCCAAAAUGUAUAUUGAACAAAAUGCAUGCUCUUGAAAAGUCUGAGGACCUGACAAGCCGGGAAAUGGCGAAGAACUCUAAUUAGGGUAAUGGCACUUUUCAACUAACUAGUAGAUUGGCUUCAGGUGUAAUGCCUUAAUCAGUUUUGGAAUGUUCUCUCAGAGCCGCAGGUUGCUGGGCACCUGAAUGAUGUUUCCUGAUAGCUUUGGGCGAGCCUACUAUAAUUUGCUGUAUAAAGUGAGCGCUACUUAAUUUGCAAGCUGAUGUCUCACGGUAUGAAUUUGUUCAUUCCUGGUAGUCUAUUUUCUAUAAAAAUGUAUUUUUGCACAUUUUUAAAAAUGGGUGUACUUUCAUCUAUGACGUGUUCCAAUUGCGAGAAACGGCUUUUUAAGCAUAAUCCAGAGAAGUUCUUUCUAUGAAGUUUAUUUCAGUUUGUGAUUUAGUAGUUAGUUUACGUUGUUGAAAUGGUUAACAAUUCUUAAUUAUUAUUUCAAAUGGAUAUUGACACAUUAUGUUACCAGAUGAUUAGCCCAUUCCAUCUUGAUGAAACAAGACGAUUUGUUGUUUUGGGGAAACGUUAUUUUAUUUAAGAAAUGGUCCGCUUUGAAGACAGUUUGCGUUUUUUAAAAAAUGACAGUACCAGGCCUUACUUGAAUAGAAGUCUGCUGUUCGCUGGUGGCAGAAUGAUGAUUUUGUACUCUGAUGUUUAGAGUAAAGUGCCUGGUGCUCUCGAUUGUUUUCUUUUUAUUCAGCAACUUAGGAAAAGCAUUCAUGAAAUUUUGUGAGAAGUUCUCCUGUGUUACAGCUUCUUGGUUUCAACUAAGUUUUCAAAAUGAGCGUUAAGAAGCUGGGCCUGCCAGAGGCCAUUACUUCCAGCAGGAGGCUACUGUCUUAUACUCUGUUCUUUUAAACUUCUUCCAAAAGGAAAAACAGAAUCUGCUUUGUAUUAUGUAAAAAUGUAAACAGCUUGUAUGGUUUGCUGGGUCAAACAGUGUUUCCAACCCCCCCAAAAAAACAAACAAACUUAUGUUGCCACUUUAACUACUUUUAUUGUAUUUAUUAAGUAAUGCAGUUUGUACUUUUUUAUUUUGUAACAUUUUGUGAUUUUUUUGUACAAUGAUGUAUUUGUACAAUAUAGCAGUUCUCAGCUGAUUGAAUGAAUGAAUAAAAUGUAUACUUUUA